AUGCGCUUCCAACAACUGAUGGCGCAUGGCCUCGCGGCCUCAGUGCUACCAGGCGCUCUCGGCCGUGCCAUCUCCACGACCAACAAGAUUCGCACUGUCGUGACAACGGACAUGGAAUCUGAUGACCUGGCCUCGCUCGUCAGAUACAUCCUGUACACCAACGACCUCGAGAACCAAGGCCUGAUUUACACAUCCAGCAAGUUCCACUGGGAGGGAGACGGCAAGAACACAUCCUUCUUCCUGCCGGACCGCGAGUACGACACUCCGCAGACAUCAUGGCGUCCGACCGGAAUAACGACCAUCCAGGAUUAUCUCCUGAAAGCAUAUGCAGAAGUUUAUCCAAACCUGCGCGUGCAUGACCCAACCUACCCGACGCCCGAAGCACUAGCCUCGAUCACCAAAGUCGGCAACGUUGAUUUCGACGGCGAGAUGGCCAAGGACACAGAGGGCUCGGACUUGAUUAAGCAGCUCAUCUUCGACGAGGACCCGCGGACGCUCUACCUCCAAGCUUGGGGUGGCACAAAUACCAUCGCCCGCGCGCUAAAGUCCAUCUCCGACGAGCAGUCCAGCUCGCCCUCCUGGAACGCUACUAAGGCCAAAAUCUCCAGCAAGGUUGUCAUUCUCGCCAGCGGCUUCCAGGACAACACGUAUGCGGAGUACCUCGCACCGAACUGGCCCGCAAUCCGCGUCGAAGAACUCUCGGCAGCUUACGCCACCUGGGGCUUUAAUUGCAACCAGGGUCAAGGCAACAUCCGCGGGCUGCCGGACAACAAUGUCUACUACAAGGGCGCGUGGAUCAAAGAAAAUAUUCAGACCGGGCCUCUCGGUAGCUUGUACCGCUCAUGGCUGGACGGCCAGACGACGUUCGGGGGAGGCGACCAGCUUGAUAUUUUCGGCGACCCAGAAAAGGCCCCAGAUGGCUGGUGCAAGCCCAUGGAGAAGUACGACUUCCUUUCCGAAGGCGACAACGUAGUCUUCAACAACCUCCUCAACACGGGUCUCCAGGACCCAAGCGACCUGACCAUCGGCGGCUGGGGCGGAAGGAGGAAGCAGAACAGCACGAGCCCGGACCUGUGGGUGCUGGUCGACAAGGAGGUGGGCCGGAACGGGAGCGAGGUCGAGAACUGGACGACGGACCGCUGGGCUGCUGCUGCGCAGAAUGACUUUGCGGCGCGCAUGCAGUGGACGCUUACUUCCGAGUAUGCCGAAGGAAACCACGCGCCGUCUAUCAAUAUCGCCGGGCCGAAGACUUUCAAGGCGGCCGCAGGGUCGGCUGUGAAGCUAUCUGCGCAGACCACCGACCCGGACGGGGACGAGGUGACGGUUUCGUGGUGGCAGUACCUAGAAGAAGGGACGUAUCCAAGCAAGGUGGAGAUUACUGGGGCGGCUGACGACAGUGUGACUGUCAGGGUGCCUGCGGACACGAAGAGCGGGCAGACUAUAUCAGUCAUUGCGCAGGCCACUGAUGAUGGGCAAUUCCCGUUGACGCGGUAUGGCCGCGUGCUCAUUGAGGUCUUAUAG